GGCCCUACGGUUGGCCCGUUAACAGCCUGGGCCUUCUGAUUGGGCCGGCAAGAGCCGGCCCCCUGGGGAGCGCCUGAUUGGCCCUUUAAGAGCCCUAGAAAACACACAUCCCCUAAUUUAUAGACACGGAAACAAUUAGUAGCUAUUAUAGAGCAUUAUAGAUAAAAUCUAGAAAACUUCCCGUUGUCGACUAAACGUCUACCAGACGCGCGCGCGCGCACACACACACACACACACACACGUGGCAGUGAACAGAGGAAGGUAAACAUGGUGUUUGUUGCGUCUCGGCUGUUUUCAGAACCAGGCUAUAAAAAGCAGCAGAUCAGAACAUGAAGGCCUCUGAGUCCGACGGACCACCCAGAACCGGACCGGAUGGAGGCGGGACCCAGAACCGGACCGUCUGUCCUGCAGCAGUUCUGGAGGAGGAGGAUCUGAUCCGACAGUAACUGGAUGUUUGAAGCUGAUUCCUCUGAAAGGGUCAUAUGUAUACAUACACCCCACCAGUGCUGAAGCUGAUCUCAGGGAGCGGGAGCCCAGGUCGUCAUGGCAACAUGGGGGCGGCCUCAUCAGAACCGGGUCGGUUCCUGCUGCAGGUUCUGCUGCAGGUUCUGCUGCAGGUCUGGAUUAUAAAGCAGCUUAUCUCAGAUGGAGAAUAUCUUGUCACAGAUUCUCAGACAGUGACUGGAUUUAAUUUAGCGGCAUUAGUGUAAAAGGGGGUGAAUGGAGAUUCAUGCCACACUUUUCAGUUGCUUCAAAGAAUUCAGCUGUGAAACUUUUUGCUCCACUCAGUCGCUCACAUCAAACCCAAUAAAAAUAAAACCCAUUGGUUUCAGGUGAAGUGGAAGAUGAGAUCAAACUUCUGCAACACGAGGGAACAGGCAGAGGAAGGAACCAUCUGGGCUGAAGGAGGCGGGUAAAGGAGAGUGGGGGGGGGGGGGGGGGGGGGGGGCGGCCCGUCUGCAGCGGCGGAGCUCCGAGGAUCAGCGGGCUGAGCAGAACAUGGUGGCAGCGGAGCAGGACAGAACUGCUGCUGGGCUUCAGACGGUCAGUUCGGUUCUGUUCGGGUCGGGACGGUUCGGUUCUGCUGCUGACAUGUUCGAUCACUCCGAUUAUCCGUUCAACUGUUUCAACUAUGACGGGGACGGAUACCCGUCCUCUGGGACGGACGAAGACAAGAAGAUAUGCAGACCCGCUUACAGCUACAUCGCUCUGAUCGCCAUGGCGAUCCAGCAGAACCCGGAUCAGCGGGUCACUCUGUCCGGCAUCUACGACUUCAUCAUGAGGCGGUUCCCCUACUACCGGUCCAACCAGCGGGCCUGGCAGAACUCCAUCCGGCACAACCUGUCGCUCAACAGCUGCUUUAUCAAGGUUCCGCGGACGGAGGGCAACGAGAAGGGGAAGGGGAACUUCUGGACCUUCGCCGCCGGCUGUGAGUCGAUGCUCGACCUCUUCGAGAACGGAAACUUCCGUCGCCGUCGCCGCCGCCGGAGCGCCAAGAUCGGCCUCCGGGACCCCGCAGGGGGCCGCGACCCGUCGGCACGGCGACCGCAGCUCGACUCCGCCCUCUGCCCUCUGCCCCCUGACCGGCCCGGCCCACUCCAGAACCGCCUGGCGCCGACCUCCAGCCGCCACAAAUCCGAGCCGGAGAUCAAGUUCAGCAUCGACUACAUCCUGUCCGCUCCGGACCCGCCGCCGGCCGAGUUCAGGACCGGCGCCGGCCCGGUUCGCCUUGGCCCGACCGGACCGCCGGUUCUGGAGCCUCCGCACCUCAACCUGCACUUCUGGACUCUCUGAGGCCACAGGAGGCGAGACUUGGACUAGGACAAAGAGGUUCUACUGGACCAGCGCCGGGACCGGUCCAGAACUCAGAGUCCCUGUGCUGUCUGUGAUGUAACUUAAAUAUUCACGUGUAUUCGAUAUUCAUUUUAGACAAACUGUGGUGUGAACGUGGAACGGGUCGAACCCGGCAGAACUUAUCAGAAUGUCUGAAACUCAGAAAAUGUUUGUUUCUGCCGUGAAGGAAAAACCUCGGAGUUUAAAUCAGAAACAGAAAAAGGAAAAUUCUGUUUUAAUUUUCUUUAAUUUCAUAGAUUUAGAAAAUGUUUAGAAAUGAGAUGAAUUUAAAGCUUCAGGGCUAAAAGAGGAGAAAACUUCACACUUUUGUCAAAAUCCCCAAAAUAAUCCAAAUAUUAUAUUAAUAAAUGCUGCAGUUUCUGCACACACUGGAAAACAUGCGAGUUUAAAGAAACAAACUGGUUUCUAUAAAACUGAUUUAAAGGAAAUGCUGAUCUGACUGGACUUGAUGCUGUUAAACUCAAAUUUUAAUUUGAAUUGAAUCAUUUUCUCUUUUAUUUCCAUCAAAGUUCUGAAUGUUCUGGUUCGGCCCGGUUCUGCGGGUUUCUCUACCAGGAGGUUCGGGUUGUUCUGUUUCUGCUCUGAUGACCCAAAUCAUCAUUAAUAUUCUAAAAAUGAAAUAUAGUAAAACAGAAAUUAGGAAAAUGUAGUUGCAAAAACAUGAACCCAGAGGUUCAGAUCUCCUGAUCAGAGGCGCAAAAAGUGGGCAUGCAGCGCAUCGGGGCGCUGCACCAGGGGGGGCGUCAAAACUCCGUCUGGGGGCGGCGCGCCGAUGAUGCCUUCAUCCACUUCACCACAA